AUGGGAAUGCAGUUCUUCCGACUUGUAAUCGUAGCCCUAACGGCUCAAGGACUGGAAAUCAACACCAGCAAUAACAAGUUUGUGGAGAAGGCCGUGGGAGAGGACGUGAAGCUCGGCUGCUUCUUCACUACUGGCCCGAAGGAUGAAGGAAUGUUGGAGAUCGAAUGGAGGGUGAAGUCCAUACGCCACCCAAUGGAACGGGCAACGGUCCUCUGGUAUACGGCUGAGCAUAUCUACGACAAUCUUUAUGAACAUCUAAAGGGAAGAGUCUACUUUGACGCACAGGACCCUCAGCAAGGAGAUGCCGCCAUUCAUCUUCUGCAGCUGACUCGCAAAGACACCGGCAUCUACUAUUGCCAGGUUAAGAAGCUUCCAGGCAUCCAAAGCAUCAAGACAGUCCUCAGAGUGCUGGAACGGCCAUCAAAGCCCAAGUGUAAUUACACUCAGGGGGGCGGAGAGUUUGGCAAAACCAAAGUGCUACAUUGUGGAUCUGAGGAAGGUGCACCACCUAUCCGGUACCACUGGUCAAGAUUGCCACCCUGGGAACUCCUAUCCUCCUUGGCAGUGUUGGAUCAAAGGGCAGGCACACUCACCAUUCCAGAUUUCAGCGAGAGCGAUACAGGAAGUUACAAAUGUGUUGCGAUCAAUCGUGUCGGUCAGGAGAAGUGCAUCCUAAAAGUGAACAUACCGCAUCCUCCAUCGGUGGGAAUUAUUGCAGGAUCUGCGGCGGCCGCUGUGGUAACCAUCGGGAUCAUCGCUUACCUCACAUACUCUAUCAUACGGCGUCGUCAACCAAAGUUAGAAAAUUCCAAUGAGAUCGUUGAGGAUGCGAGUCCCCCAACACCCCGCGAGAUAAUGAAGACCAAGAGGAGGAAGUCGGACAAAGCACUUGUCACAAUGAAGCGUGGUUGCAGCACAGACAAGACAGUCAUCGCUGGUGGUGUCAAAGGUGCAGUCAGAGAGAAAAAGUUAAUGCGUGGUGCAUGGUGCAGGGUGCACGGCCUGAGUGCUCGUCCGUUCAUGAUGUCAGACAACAAUAAGUUGAACAACGGCCCCGUGUCUUGGAAAGAGCCCUGCCCGGGACUCGGAGGCAAACCUGCGAAUCCUCCUGACUCCCCAGUGCCCGAGAUGCCUGAGACUGGAGUGGAAUCCCCGAGCUCCGGCAAGGUUGCUGAUGCCAAAGUUGAGAUCCAGAAUUCUUUGCGAGAUCCCAAAGCGAGAAUUGGGGGUGCCGCGACGACGGCGGCCCAAGGGGCCCUCUGCCCAACCUGUGGCUCAUGUGGACCCAUGCCAAAGAUGGGGAAUCUCCGUCCGAGGGUCAACAUCAGUGAGGUGCGGGGGGGCGGUUGGAAUGUUGUCGUGCACAGCCCAGGCACCAGUCCCGACCCCAGAGUCAGGUCACAGCGUCAGCCUCCUGCUGAGGAUUCCCCAGAUGUCGGCAACAAUCCGCCGAGCGUCAGGCAGCCUGAGCUUCCUUUGAACAGAGGUGCCAACGGGGACUUGGCAACCGAUCCCCCAGUCGCACAGGGGUUCGACCCCCAAGUAUCCAAAUGGACCGUGGUGUGCACUCUUGCCAUGUGA